GCUUAGCGAGGUUCCCCCACACGAAGAUUACUUUUUCUUCCUGUCUCUAGACUUGCUGACUGACAUGCUGACACCUGACACCUCACUUUCACUACAGUCUUUGUUAAUCUGUGCUUCAGUGGUUCAGUGAUAAUGGGUAUGAAAUGUUAUGUUUGUGGAGAAACGUGGAGUAAAAAUAAAGUUCGAACUUUUCACAGGAUUCCUAAGGAACCUGUUAGGAAAAAACAAUGGACUGUAUUACUGGGACUCUCCGAUAUUAAUGUUGAUAUAACGAAUUUACGUGUUUGCUCAUCUCAUUUUCCAAAUGGCGACUUCUGCAUACAUCCAGCUGGUACACGUUAUUUGAGGAGUACGGCAUUACCCAUUCUGAGAGGAGGAAAAUCAUUGCGGACGAAAAUAUUCGUGCACAAUGGAUUUCUGCAAUUGAGAAAUUUUUGCCACGUUGUGGAUGGGUAUGUUCUGAUCAUUUCUCCCAAGAUUGUAUUGGUGCCCUACGACUGA